GCUGCUGGUCUAUCUGUGGUUGCAGCUACAGGUUGCUCACCUGUGUGCAGGAGCGCUCACUCUCGAGAGCGCGCGAGCUCUGUGCAGCAGCGAGUGGCGGCGGGCACGCGCUGCCAUUCCAACACAUCACAUACCCAGUGCGACGGAACGAAGCGCACACGGUGACCAUCUCUGGAUAUUACCCGAAGAUACUGGGGGGGGGGAAUAACUCACAUUGCACUCGGGUCGUGGCUCCAAACACCACCGGCUGCGGCAGGGAAGCACCGCGGGUCGGCAAAGUGCAGCCGGUAACGCCACGUCGACUAAAACAAACAAACUAAAGCUUUGUUAGUUUCUCUCUUUCUUCUGAUCUGAUCUUUCUUCGGGUCUGAAGUGCAGUUCUGUCGCCGUGAACCAUGCUGGACCCGUCCUCCAGCGAAGACACCGGCGGGGAGUCCGACCCAGAAGUUGUCCAGGAGGCUCCCAGGAAACCGGCCGCUACCUCGGCUGGGAAGCGUGGGAACAGCAGCAGCAGCAGCCGGGCGGGCAGCGGCCAGCGGCGACCGCCCGUCGCACCUGGAGGUGCCCCCGGUAAAGGUGCUACGAAAGACUGCAACGCUACAGGUGAAGAGGAGGAGGACAGGAAGGAACAGGAGCAGAUCCAGAAGGAGGAAGAGGAGAGGAAAAUUAAACUGCAGAUUUAUGUGUUUGUCCUGCGGUGCAUAGCCUACCCGUUCAACGCCAAGCAGCCCACCGACAUGGCCCGGCGGCAGCAGAAGGUGAACAAGCCGCAGCUGCAGGCGGUGAAGGAGCGUUUCCUGGCCUUCCUCAACGGAGAAACUCAGAUCGUGGCGGAUGAAGCUUUCUGCAACGCCGUGAGGAGCUACUAUGAGGGCUUCCUGAAGAGCGAGCGCGUUUCCCGGAUGGUUCAGAGCGGCGGCUGCUCGGCCAACGACUUUCGCGAGGUCUUCAAGAAGAACAUCGAGCGGCGUGUUCGCAGCCUCCCGGAGAUCGACGGCCUGAGCAAAGAGACGGUGCUCAGCUCCUGGAUCGCCAAGUACGACGCCAUCUACAGGGGGGAGGAGGACAUGCGACGGCAGCCGCAGAGGGCGCACCUGAGCGCCGUGUCGGAGCUCAUCCUCAGUAAGGAGCAGCUGUACGAGAUGUUCCAGCAGAUCCUCGGAAUCCGCAAGUUCGAGCACCAGCUGCUUUACAACGCCUGCCAGCUGGACAACGUGGACGAGCAGGCGGCUCAGAUCCGCAGAGAGCUGGACGGGAGGUUACAGCUGGCCGAGAAGAUUGCCAGGGAGAUCAGAUACCCAAAGUUCGUCUCUACUGACAUGGAGCCGCUCUACGUGGAGGAGCUGCGAUCGUCCGUCAACCUGCUCAUGGCGAACCUGGAGAGUCUGCCGGUGUCCAAAGGAGGUCCGGACUUCAAACAGAAGCUCAAACGCUCCAACAUGAACAACUCGUUCCUGGACAUGGGAGACGAGGGAGACAUCCUGUCCAAGUCUGACGUCGUGCUGUCCUUCACUCUGGAGAUCGUGAUCGUGGAGGUUCAGGGUCUGAAGUCUGUGGCUCCAAACCGGAUCGUGUACUGCACCAUGGAGGUGGAGGGGGGAGAGAAGCUGCAGACGGACCAAGCUGAAGCCUCCCGACCACAGUGGGGGACGCAGGGGGACUUCACCACCACGCACCCUCUGCCCUCCGUCAAGGUGAAGCUGUUCACAGAGAGCACCGGGGUCCUGGCUCUGGAGGACAAGGAGCUGGGCCGGGUCGUCAUGAAUCCGACCACCAACGGGCCGAAGCAGGCCGAGUUCCACCGCAUGGUCGUCCCCAAGAACAGCCAGGACACGGAGCUGAAGAUCAAGCUGGCCGUCCGGGUGGACAAACCCCCCAACAUGAAGCACAGCGGGCACGUGUACGCCGUGGGACAGAGAGUCUGGAAACGCUGGAAAAAAAGAUAUUUUGUUCUUGUCCAGGUGAGUCAGUACACGUUCGCCAUGUGCAGCUACAGAGAGAAGAAGGCCGAGCCUCAGGAGCUGAUGCAGCUGGAGGGCUACACGGUGGAUUACUGCGACCCUCAGCCAGGUCUGCAGGGCGGCCGGGUGUUCUUUAACGCGGUGAAGGAGGGCGACCUGGUGAUGUUCGCCUGCGAGGACGAGCAGGACCGCAUGCUGUGGAUUCAGGCGAUGUACCGAGCCACCGGGCAGUCCUACAAACCGGUGCCGCCGCCGCAGAACAAAGUCACCAACUGCAGAGGACUCCAGAAACCUGCGUCCCCCAUCAGUAUGGAUCCGUCUCAGCGUCAGGGGGUGGAGGGGCUGAUCUCUGCCGCUCCGAGCCGCUUCGACCACACCGCCCUCUUCACUAUUUUACAGAAACACACUCUGCAGCACCGCAUGAGCGACUCCUUCUCCUGCCUGGGUUGGUUCAGUCCCGGUCAGGUGUUCGUCCUGGAUGAAUACUGCGCCCGGUACGGCGUUCGAGGCUGCCACCGUCACCUCAGCUACCUGAAGGAUCUGAUGGAGUAUUCGGAGAACCAAGCGCUGGUCGACCCCACGCUGCUGCACUACAGCUACGCCUUCUGCGCCUCCCACGUCCACGGAAACAGGCCUGAUGGGAUGGGGACGGUGGCGGUGGAGGAAAAAGAGCACUUUGAGGCCAUUAGGAGUCGCCUCAUGGCUCUGCUGGACAACCAGAUCACACAUUUCAGGUACUGCUUUCCCUUUGGACGACCAGAUGGGGCCCUGAAGGCAACGCUCUCCCUGCAGGAGCGGGUUCUGAUGAAGGACAUCACGACGCCUGUUCCUCCGGACGAGAUGAAGAAACUGGUGCACAAGUUGGAGAACGCGGCUCAAAUCAACUACAGUCAGCUGAUCCAGUACGCUCAGAUCAAAGUGGAUCCUCAGGCAGCGGCGGAGAAAAGACUGGAGGACAUGAUGCGACUGGGAGAGCUCUGCAUCGAGGUCCUGCAGCAGAACGAGGAACAUCACGCCGAGGGAAGAGAGGCUUUCUCGUGGUGGCCGGAGCUGAUGGCGGAACACGCCGAGACGUUUCUGUCUCUGUACAAAGCGGACAUGGACGGAGCUCUGCAGGUCCAGCCGGUCGACUCCUGGGACAGCUUCCCGCUGUUUCAGCUGCUCAACAACUUCCUGCGAACUGACUUUCACCUGUGCAACGGGACGUUCCACAAACACCUGCAGGACCUGUUCGUCCCCCUGGUGGUGCGCUACAUCGACCUGAUGGAGUCGUCCAUCGCCCAGUCCAUCCACCGCGGCUUCGAGCAGGAGACCUGGCAGUCAGUCAAGUCGUUAACUAACAAUCUAGCCAGCGUCCCUCUUCCUAAAGUCCCCAGCCUCCCUCUCACGCUGCCACAGAUGCCCAGCUUCUCAGCACCCGCCUGGAUGGGCCCGCUGUGUGAGAACACCAACGGCUCGGCCACCUCGGAGGAUUUGUUCUGGAAGCUGGACGCUCUGCAGAUGUUCGUGCUGGACCUCCAUUGGCCGGAGCCAGAGUUCGCCAAACAUCUGGAGCAGAGACUCAAGCUGAUGGCCAGCGACAUGAUGGAGGCGUGUGUCAAGAGAACAAAAUCUGCAUUUGAUGCCAAAAUGCAGAAAGCGAUUAAGUCAACAGACUUCCGGGUUCCGCUGUCGGUCUGCACCAUGUUCAAUGUGCUGAUGGACGCCAAGAAGCAGUGCUCCAAACUCUGCGUGCUGGACACCGGACAGGAGAUUGACAAACAAUGGCAACAAUACCACUCCAAAAUCGAUGUUCUGAUUGACGAGGCGUUCAAAGAAAUGAUUUCCUCCCUUGUCACAAAGUUUGCUGCUGUUUUGGACGGCGUCCUCUCCAAGCUCUCGAGAUACGAUGAAGGAACAUUCUUCUCCUCGAUCCUCUCUUUCACAGUGAAAGCAGCUGCCAAAUAUGUGGAAGUCCCUAAGCCGGGGAUGGAUGUGGCCGACACCUACAUCACCUUCGUACGGCAGAACCAGGACAUUCUCCGAGACCGCGUCAACGACGAGCUGUACACUGAGAAGGUGUUUGAUCAAUGGUACACCGGCUCCACGAAGGCGGUGUGUGUUUGGCUGACGGACAGACUGGACCUUCAGCUCCACAUGUACCAGCUGAAAACACUCAUCAAGAUCGUGAAGAAGACCUACCGUGACUUCAGGCUGCAGGGCGUCCUCGACGUCACGCUGAACAACAAGAGCUACGAGACCAUCUACAACCGGCUGACGGUGGAGGAAGCCACGGCGGCCGUCAAGUCGGGCGACGCCCUUCAGGGCAUCAGCAUGAGAGACAGCGACGAGGAGGACGACUGAACACACACCACACCUUCACACUACUUGAUUAUCAUCCUCUCACAGAUCAGGACCUUCCAUCACAGUGUGAGCUAUGUUGUAGAUGAAAGAGUUGCACAUGUGCAGUAGAGGUAACGUCAUCGUGACUGAAGGUCCUGACGCUCAGGUAGUGAAACCCCCUCCUCCCUUUUCCCCCAACCUGUCACUCAUUGCCCUGACACUGCUGUACACACGUGAGAAUGUACGACAAACAGGAAGUCAAGGUGAGGCGUGGCAUCUGCUGGACACUCGUCCUCCCUCUCACCUGCAGGACAGGAAGCCCCGCCCUCCUCCACGCGCAGCCAUACUCUGAUUGAUGUCAUUUUUGUGCAGCGAUCGCCGUCGGCGCAGCUACUUCCUGUUUUGUUUUCAUCCACGGUGGUAGCUUAUUGUUCAACGAGGCGCCGGCAGCUCUGAGCGACCUCCGCGCCUCGUAUUUCGUUUUAACCGACAGCAAAAAUCAACUAAAGAGAUUCUUUGUUAUUUGACAGAAGCUUGGAAGUGUAAGGUUCUUUCUGUCCACGGUCGCAUCUUUAUACUAUUAUGGUUUUAUUUCUUUCAGAUGACCAACCUAUUUGGUUAAAUGUGAUCCACCAUCACUGUAUCCACCAGUGAAACAACAGCAUAAAACCACCGACACGUUCUCCAACAUUAACCGAGUCGCUUUAAUCUGACCUUCAGCUUCGAGGUGGACCGUCAGAAAACGGGCGUAUGGGUCGUUUUAAAGUCGAUGUUUUGUUGGAGUGAUGAUUUAGCGACACUUUGAGCCGGACCAGAUGUUUGUGCUCGAGGAAAGUCUAUGUUCUCACUUUAUAUGACGUCUAUAAUGCAUUAUACACAUACUUGUGAUGCGUUAUAAUCUGUUUAUAGCGCUGUAUAAUUAUAAGCAUUCAUUUUAGUAUCUCAGCAAGGAUUAUAAUAUAAUAUAAUUCUGUAGUUGUAAUGCAUUAUGACUUGUUAUGAUGCAUUAUAAUCACUGUUGUAAAGAUAAUUAUUUAUAAGUAACUAAGAGCUCAUUGGGUGCUUUAAGAUAUAAUCCAUCAGGAGCAGCUGAUAAGUGACUUUAAGUUGCUUUUGUUUGCUUUAAGUGAAGAAAACAUCUAAAUGUCAGAAAUGAUGGAACUUGAGUCAUCAUAUAAAGUGUUAUGACUGUUGUUAUAAAGCAUUAUGAAUAAUUAUAAUAAUUAAUAUAUAUAUAUAUAUAAUAAUUAUGAAUAUCUAUGAUUAAACAAUGAGAAUGAUGAUAACACAUUAUGAGUAUGUUCAUAAUGCUCAUUGUGUUCUGCUGAUCAGUUUAAUAUUUCUUGUGUUGGUGGAGUGAUGAAGGUGGUGGUGGAGGAAGAUCCGGGUGUCUGCAGGAGUUAUCCUCUGGGGAUCAUGGAUGUUAUAAUGCGCAGGUUGGACGGUCCAACUGCCCGACCGACACCGCCAUCGUUUGGCACCAUAGUUAGCCAGCACUUACAUUUAUAGUCCACAAAUCUGCGGCACACAGUUUACGUCCAAUGCCAAAGUUUCUGUGCUUCGUGUCGGAUAUGUAGCGAGGAAGAACGUGAAGUCUGGGAGGCGACUCGUGUAGCAGGUGCAGCUAUUCGCUUUCAUCACGAUCUUUCCCUGAACUGUUUAGUUAGGCAAACCUUAAAGGAUCAUUAUGGUUGUAUUACAGCUUGGCUCUUCAUAUUUCUAUCCCUAAUAUGUAGAUUGUACUCACAUGUGAGAUGUUUAACAAGAAGUCGAACAGGACGUUAAACCAGAAGUUUACCCACAUCAUCUUCAUCAUCUUAUCAUCGGAUCAUCUUAGUGAUAAUACCUCAUUGUAAACGGCGAACCUGAAGCAGGAAAUGUGUUUGUGAACCAUGAUGCAUGUUUACAAUGAACAAUAAGUUGAUGGUCAACGCAUGUUGUAAUAAACUGGUGAAUAAUUCAGACACACUUUACAGAUGAUCUUUCAACAUUAGCCUUCAAUGCUCACAGAAUCAUCCAUAAAGCUUUAAUCUGAUCUUUCAGAACAGAAAGUACUAAUAGCUUAAUGUUGGACGUUCAGAGUCUCUGCAGAAGAACUCUUACAAGUCCUCGUGAGACGUCGCUGCACGUGGAGCAGCUUCUGUGAAACAGGAAACGGGAAACAGGAAACAAAGGUGUGAAAGUCUCAGAUUGGGGGGAUGGUUGUCCAGAAUCCCGACUUCAUGUGGAUGUAGCUGCUGUUCUCUGUUCACUGUGAUGUUUACUGUUGUGGAGAAUAAUGUUGAUCUGUAGAGUGAUACGGUCGUACUGCCUGAUGUGCAUCAUGUCCAACAUCGAUCAAAGUCUCGUGCCAACGAACUGGAAAAGUCUUUUUUUAACGGGGACAUUUUAGGAGAAUCUGUUUUUAAUGUUGAUUGAUGUGUUAAACCCGAGCAGCUGUGAGCCUCAUGUCGCUGCUGUUCACACAGUCACUGCCGUCCGUCUGCGUGUCGUCGGCCUCCGACUGCAACAAGCUGUCGAUCACCUGCCGUCACCUGUCCGAUCACCUGCCGGUCACCUGCCGGUCACCUGCCGGUCACCUGUCGGUCACCUGCCGGUCACCUGCCGUCACCUGUCGGUCACCUGUCGGUCACCUGCCGGUCACCUGCUGAUCACCUGCCGGUCACCUGCCGGUCCAGUCAGUGCACUUCAGAAGGACAACAAAUCUAUGAGAAGAAGUAUAUUUAUAUUGUCUUAUUGUGCACCUGUUUUGUUCAGGUGUCUUAUGUAAGUGUCUAUUAAAAGUGUUUUUAACACC